AUGCCCCGCCCAGGUAAAUUGCACCUGUUGAAGCACUUGGAGCAGAGCAACACUGACGGACUGGAGGCGGUGGCAGCAGCAGCAGCAUGGGAGGGAGCAAAUCCACAGGUGUACUCUGGGUUAUUGAUCAAUGAGAGGGCAACGGCUAUUGUUUCCCAUCUCUGUCUGACAGUUGUCUACUCCGGUGAAAAGAUUCCAGGAGUUUUCUCCUACGAGAGUUCAGAAGUCGACUGGUGUGAAGACAACUACAAACACUCUGAACAUGUGGUGGAGUACUUCAACACUAUGAGCAGCUUUAUUUUCUUCAUUAUAUCUCCCGUCAUGCUCUACCUUCUCCACCCUUAUGCCAAAGAGAGGAGCCUGGCAAUCCAUACGGUGUGGACCAUGAUGAUGUUUGUAGGGCUCUUCUCAGCGUACUUCCACAUGACUCUUAGUUUCGUUGGACAGAUGUUGGAUGAGCUGUCAAUCUUGUGGGUGUUGGCUGUGGGAUAUGCCGUCUGGUUCCCCCGCAAACUGUUCCCUUCUUUUAUAAAAGACAGGUCCACAUUUUCAAGGCUCGUCCUGGGGAUUACUAUCAUCACCUCACUGUCAUCAUUUGUCAAACCUACAGCCAAUGCCUAUGCUUUAAACUGCUUUGGCCUCCAUCUGCUUUACAGUCUGGCAGUCGAGAUGAGAUGCUGCACUGACCAGAAGGUUCUGCGACUGGCCAAGCUGUCGGUGGCUCUGUGGGUGCUCGCCAUCUCAUGCUGGAUUAGUGACCGUUUUGGCUGCAGUGUCUGGCAGCGGCUAAACUUCUGUUACCUGCAUGGUAUCUGGCACAUUCUCAUUGUGAUAGCAGUGGCUUAUGGCAGCACCCUGAUAGCCUUCCUGGACGCCAACUAUGAGAUACCGUAUUCACUGCCUGGACUGCAGUACUGGCCAUGUGAUAAAUGGGCUGUUGGAUUACCUCACAUUGUCCUGAAGGGUACAAUCAAAACACGGAAACGGUGCUAG